AUGGUGAGCAGCUUUUCCAGCGGUGGUGGCAGCAAGGCCCCAAAGAAGGAGCAUGUCGAACAUGUCCGCUUGGCGGACGUGGAGGGCGAGAUGAACGAGCUGGACAAGGAGCCAAGCGCAGAGGAAGAGGUCAUGGCCUCCUCCAUUGACGUCGAGGCUUUAGAGCGAAAGGCUGCCGAGCGCGCAGAGGAGCGCUUCACCUUCGGGGAGGCGACGCUGGCGGACCUCAAGUUGCUGGGAAGGAAGAAACGUAAGUUCCUGCCGUGCAAGGAUGCCUUUGGUUUCACCUUCUGUGAAGGUAUCGCAGAGGAUUUUAUGGUUUGCCACAUGUGCUUACAGGUGCAUGGCUCCAUCAAUGAACCGGAAACGCUGACGUGCAAAGCUUCGUCGGAAUCAGACUUGGUCGUUCGUAGCUUUUCCUAG